UGGAUGGCCCAUCCUGGAUCCAGCCUGUCAAAGCUGCACUGAAACGAGAACGACGUGGGAUAAAGUCGUAAAUGUUGAUUAACUAUUGUUAUAUAAGUGCUGUUCAGAUUUGAAGCGGUGACUGAGACUGCAACAGGCCAAAAGAGAAGUCCACUGCUCCUCCCACCCCCCAACUUCCCUCUCCUGACCCUCUCUGAAACAAAGCUCUCGCUAUGAAUGAAGUUAAUAUUAUCAGAGAGGGCUGGCUCCACAAAAGAGGUGAAUACAUUAAAACAUGGAGGCCAAGAUAUUUCCUCCUGAAGAGUGACGGUUCCUUCAUUGGCUACAAGGAGAAGCCUGAUCUAAAUGACCAGAUUUCACCUCCGCUCAAUAACUUCUCAGUGGCAGAAUGCCAGCUGAUGAAGACAGAAAGACCCCGGCCCAACACUUUUGUCAUUCGUUGCCUACAGUGGACCACGGUUAUAGAACGCACUUUUCAUGUGGACAGCAAUGAGGAGAGAGAGGAGUGGAUGCGUGCUAUCCAGUCUGUGGCAAAUGGUUUGAAAAUGCGAGACCAGGAGGAGGAGGAACCAAUGGAUUUGUUUGGCUCACCCAGUGAAAGCAGCCUGGAGGAGAUGGAGAUGGCUAUGUCCAAGUGUAACUCCAAAGUGACAAUGUGUGACUUUGAGUACCUGAAGCUGCUUGGCAAAGGGACAUUUGGGAAGGUGAUUCUGGUCAAAGAGAAGUCCACUGGAGUUCACUAUGCCAUGAAAAUACUGCGCAAAGAGGUCAUAAUAGCCAAGGACGAAGUGGCCCACACAGUAACGGAGAGCAGAGUGUUACAAAACACACGACAUCCCUUCCUCACGACACUGAAGUAUGCAUUUCAAACCAACGAUCGGCUCUGUUUUGUAAUGGAAUAUGCAAAUGGAGGCGAGCUCUUCUUCCACCUGUCACGAGAACGAGUAUUCACAGAAGACCGGGCACGCUUCUAUGGUGCUGAGAUUGUGUCAGCACUCGAGUACCUGCAUUCACGUGAUGUCGUAUACCGUGAUCUUAAGCUGGAGAAUCUGAUGCUGGACAAAGACGGCCACAUCAAAAUCACUGAUUUUGGCCUUUGUAAGGAGGGUAUUACUCCAGAUGCUACCAUGAAAACCUUCUGUGGAACUCCUGAAUAUCUUGCACCUGAGGUCCUAGAGGAUAAUGACUACGGCCGGGCAGUUGACUGGUGGGGUCUUGGAGUAGUCAUGUAUGAGAUGAUGUGUGGACGUCUGCCUUUCUACAACCAGGACCAUGAGCGUUUGUUUGAGCUUAUCCUCAUGGAGGAGAUCCGCUUCCCCAGGAACCUGUCGCCUGAGGCCAAGUCCCUUUUGGCUGGACUGCUCAAGAAGGACCCCAAACAGAGGUUAGGUGGAGGUCCUAAUGAUGCCAAAGAAGUAAUGAGUCACACAUUUUUCAGCUCCAUCAACUGGCAAGAUGCAGUGCAGAAGAAGGGGAGAAUAGAAAGAAGAAAGGGAAAAGGGGGAAACAAUCCUGGAUCCACCCCAUGGUCCAGAUCUGCACCAAAAUGUCGUUCCCUGGCCCAUACCUCUUCCUUUCACACAGUUCCUUUCACACAAAAAUAUUUAUUUUCAGUUUUCACAUUUAAGUGAAGGGGUUAUAAAUAAUCUAAACUAAUAAACAAUGGUUUUAAGUCAAGUAAAAUUUAAAAUACUUAUCAAAGCUUUUUUUAAUGUUCAUCUUUUAAAAGUGCUUAAUUUUUGAAAAUAAAUUAAAUAAAAAUGAAUAUAAAGUUUUCAUUGUUCUUUUUAAUCAGAAUCAGAAAGUAUUUUUACUGCUAAGUAGGUUUACACCUAAAAGGAAUUUGCUCUGGUUAUUGGUGCAUAGUAUGAACAUAGAAACAAUAAAUACAGCACACAUAAGAAAAGCAAUAAAAAGAAACAAUAUAUAUUUACUCACUAUUUCAAUCAAUCAAUCAAUCAAAUUUUUUUUGUAUAGCACAUAUUCACAAAUUACAAUUCGUCUCAUAGGGCUUUAACAGGGUGUGACAUCCUCUGUCCUUAAUGCUUAGCAAGAGUAAGGAAAAACUACUAAAAACCCUUUUAACAGGGUAAAAAUACGUAGAAGCCUCAGAGAGAGCCACAUGUUAGGGGGAUCCCACUCCCAGGACGGACAGAAGUGCAAUAGAGGCCACAUGUAGGAAAACAUCAUCCAGAUUAAAGUUUUUAUCAGCAUUGAUGAGGGUAAACAUCCCGAAGGACAACCCCAACAUGACAUGCCAAGCAGUCCCGCUGCAAUCACAGUCCAUGGUCAGCAACCAGUAGGACCACGAUCCACCAUCCAGACCUCAGUCUUUACUUCUUAUUUACUAAAUUUUUCUAAUAUUUAUACAAAGUAACCUUUAUUUAGACAUAAAUAUAAAGCCUUCAUCACCACAGAGGUCAGGGCGAUGGGUCUGUAAUAGGGAUGGGCAUAAUUAAUCGACGAUUGAUUAAUUAAUCAUUAAGAAUUUCCUCAAGGAAAUUAUUUUUUCAAAGAGAAAUUCACUAAUUAUACAUUUGACCACGGGGGGCAGUGUUUGAAAAAAACGCCACAGGCCUACUCAGUUACCUGCGACUGGCUACGAGUUACCGUGUAUUUCCAUUUCCAAAGUAAACAUGAAGAGGUCACGGCGAAGUGUAGAGUGGGACCAUUUUGAGUUAAAAAAUGUCUUGGUUCACUGCCAAUACUGCAAAGCUAUCCCCGAGAGUGGGGGAGACGACGAGCCUGCUUUGUCUGACACGGUCGAGGGGAGCGCAAAAACCGAAUCCGCGGCCAGACUAGCCAAGUUAGCACGGAGCUACCUGUGUAUCACAGGGACGUCAGUCCCCUCAGAGCGAGUUUUUUCGGCGGCUGGACUGACGGUCAUCAGGCUGUGCUCGCGUCUGACCCAGCGCAUGUUAACAUGCUCAUCUUUCUCAACACAAACCCGUAGGCUGGUGCUGAGGUUGUAUGAGAGUUACUGGUUAUUUUUAUGAAGCUUUCUCAACUCAGUGCCUUGUUUGAUUGUUUUGAGUUACAUCUGGCAAAACCUGUAUUAUAUAGAUGUGGUUAAGUUGUUUAACAUGAUGUUUUUUAUACGUGACAUGUCUCCAGUGAGGUGUUAAACAUGUCAGUAAACACCGGAGACAGCUGAUCAGCACAGUGGUUCUGUCUCCUGAAGAGUCUGUUGACGUCCCUCUCCAGGAUGGAGAGAUUCGUCCCUGUGGUAGGGGAGGAGGGGGGGACUCUGAGGUGGGAAGUUGGAAAGAUGCAGGCCCUUGCUGUGGUCGGGGAGGUGCAGCUGAUCGGAUGGAGUGUGGUGUCAUGGGGGAUGGUUUCAGGACUGUCCCAUUGUCUAUCGAAGCAACAGUAAAACUCGUUCAAGUCGUUGGCAAGGCGUGAGUCGUUGAGUGGAGUGGGGGGCUCUGGGCUUGCAAUUUGUAAUCAGCCUUAGCCCUCUCCAGACAGAGGCAGAGUCAUUGGCUGAGAACAGUUGUUGAAGUUUCUCAGAGUACAGAUGUUAAGCUUCUCUCACCUCCUUGCUAAACCUGUAUUUCGACUCUAUACACCUUACUCUGACUCCACUCCUGAACGCCUAUUCCUUCUCCAACCUUAACUAUUUGAGUUUGGCUGUGAACCAGGGUUUGUAAUUAUUGUAAAUCACCCUGGUGCGUGUUGGAAAACAGCUGUCCUCACAGAAACGGAUACAAGAAGUCACAGCCUCUGUGUACUCAUCCAGACUAUUAGUACCAGUCCUGAACACAUCCCAAUCUGUACAGUCAAAGCACGCCUGAAGAUCCUCCACAGUUUCACUGGUCCACUGCUUUGAAGUCCUCACAACAGGUUUGCAGAGUUUUAAUUUCUGCCUGUAUGCAGGAAUCAAAUAGACCAUGACAUGGUCCGAGAGUCCCAGUGCAGCCCGGGGGUGAUAAGCACUCCUUUCUGUGGUGUAACAGUGAUCCAGAAUUUUCUCCUCUCUGGUCGGACAUUUAAUAAAUUGUUUAUAUUUGGGUUCACGGGUGAGAUUUCACGGGUGAGAUUUCCUUUGUUAAAGUCACCGUGGACAAUCACUAAGGAGUCCGGGUUAGUCCGCUCCACACACAGUAUCUGAUUGGCGAGCAUACGCUGAGCCUGUUGCGCGUCAGCCUGUGACACCGACCAGAAUGAAUGAAGCGAACUAAAGGGGGAAUUAGAAGGAUUUGCAGUUAAUGAAAAAAUAUUCCAGAUCAGGAGAACAGUGUUGUUGAAUCACUGUCACCUCGUUGCACCAGCCAGAGUUAGUGUAAAAGCAGAUACCUCCAUCUUUCGUCUUGCCGGAGAGCUCCGUGUUGCCGUCCGCUCUGAAAAGUUGGAAGCCAGCCAGCUGCAGCGCAGAGUCCGGUACAGAUCCACACAGUCACGUCUCCGUGAAGCAAUCAAUCAAUCAAUCAAAUUUGAUUUGUAUUGCCCAUAUUCACAAAUUACAAUUCGUCUCAUAGAGCUUUAACAGGGUGUGACAUCCUCUGUCCUUAACCUUCAGCAAGAGUAAGGAAAAACUACUUAAAAAAC